GUGUCUGCGUGUGUAAUUCGUGUAAAGCCGUAGACAAGGUGGGAAAGGCGAGUUUGCUCUGUUUGCUAUAUUUUAAUGAAAGUAUGUCAACGGUCCAUGGGCAUCAAAUCCCCAGCUCCUUAACCAAUAACCAUGUACUCUACUCGAGCCAGUAUUAGGCUGAGAUAUACGGCCUGGCAGGUUUCAACAGCGAAAUGCGCAUAUGCGACAACGUCAUAUAGCUCGCCGGCGCCAAAUGCUUCCCGGUUGACAGACCAGGACAUCAGCUCAGCGCGAAGCUACUGCUCAACACUUGUCCAGUACCUACCCUGUCCCCAACUUGCGCUCGCCCAUUUGAGCUAAUGUGCAUUCAGAAAAUUUGACUCUCCUUCAUAUACAUUACAGACGUUCAUCCAGGCCCCAACUCGCGAUGCCUACCUCGCAAUCCGUGCCCUUAACAUUGAGCUCUCGCGCAUUCCCGACCUGGUCUCCAACCCAACAAUUGGCGCUCUGCGCAUGCAAUUCUGGCGCGACAACAUAACUCGAACGUUUGCAAAUACACCGCCGAAAGAGCCGGUGGCUAUUCUCCUCCACCAUGCACUCCAGUCACUCAAGGAGCGCCACCCGAAUGCGCCCACAUCGAGUUUAAAGGCCUGGUUUAUGAAGGUCAUCAACGCCCGCGAGCAGUACAUGGAUAAUCGCCCAUACCCGACCAUGGAUGCGCUGGAGAACUAUGCCGAGGCUACCUAUUCAACUCUGAUGUACUUAACGCUGGGAUUCCUUCCACUUCAUUCUAUGUCAAUAGACCAUUUGGCCAGCCACAUUGGUAAAGCGGCGGGGAUAUCAGCUGUACUUCGCGGGAUGCCUCUCAUUGCUUUUCCGCCUCCACCUAAUCACCAUAGAAAUAGCGGGGCAUUAGCAGGAUCUUUAGGGGGCGAAGGUGGUGCUCGCCAAGGAGCAGUUCUGCUUCCGCUUGAUGUCAUGGCAGAUACAAAUACGAAGCAGGAGGACGUUUUACGUCAAGGUGCCAAUGCGCCAGGCCUCAAGGAUGCUGUAUUUCAGGUCGCAACUCGGGCAAAUGACCAUCUAAUAACAGCGAGGAAUAUGCUACAGCGUCUUCAGGAGGGGAAAGACAUGGGCCACGACUUUGAGCAUGAAGGAGAGGAAGGACACGACUAUGGAAUGCAAGGCCGAGACUUGAAUGAACCGCAAAACUUUGCGGCUGAAGAACUUGCCAGAGGACUCGGCGUGCUCAUGCCGGCAGUGUCGACAAGGCUGUGGCUGGAGAAGCUUGAGAAAGCGGAUUUUGAUAUUUUCGGGGAGGAGGUCAGGGGACGGUCCUUGAGUCUACCUUGGAGUGCGUACUGGGCGUAUAAGAGGACGCAGCUAUAGAUAAUAUGUAUUAUAUGCGCCAUAUUCUUGUAAUUAUAUGCAAUGACUGAUUGAUUUUGAAUCUAAAUGAAUCUCAACUCCCAGAACUGUUGUAGGAAGGACCGAGAUAUUGCGACCGCGCGCAAAUCGUGUGGUGUCUUGCAACGGGCAGGAAAACUCGACAGCAGGAAAACUAGACAAUAGAG